AUGCAAGCUUCAAAGAAUAAAAAUACAGACAAGGCAGAACCAUUCUACAGGCUUUCAGUGCCAAAGCAGAAGACCAGUUCUGAGAUUAUAAAUGAAGCCAGAAAUGUUCUACGAACACUAAGAACUCGGAGACCGUUUACGCCUACAGAGGAUCAAAGGAAACUUUUUGGAUCUGGAUCCACACGAGCUCCUCAAAAUAGACCCCCUUCAGUUUUUAGUCUUCAUGCAUCCAGUUUUGAUUUGGCUGAAUCAAGACCAGUGUCUGGUGUUCGUCUUAGCCCACUGGAUCAUAAACCAGUACUAGUCACUUUUGCAAAAGAUGAAGAUUCUUCCAUUUCCCUUCCAAAGCCUCCUGCCGAUGCUGCAGAGGUUAGAAAAGUCAGCAGUGCUCGGGCACGCUUAUUUAGAAGAACUUCUCAGGGAAAUUUCCUUUCUGCUAAAAUGGUUUCUCCUGAUCAGAAUGAAGAGAAGCUAGAUUCUGAAGAACCAGCUAUGAUGAGUAAUCUUUGCAGAAGUAAUGAUAACUGCUUAGCAGAGCAAAGGUCAUACACACCAUUUAAUGAUGAAAAUAGACAAUUAAUUUGUAACGAGCGUAUCAGCAGGUCGGAGAGGGAAGACUUCCGAAAAGGGACAGCAGGAAAAUUUUUAUUUCAACUGAGAGGAGAGAGAAGUGUCAACAGCGAUGGCAGAUUUGCUGAUGAAGAGCAACAGUUUCCCUGUGACCAGAUUAAAAAGCCUGGCAGAAGUUCAUCAUGGCCAAGGAGUACAGGCUGGAAGAGAAGAGUAACAGGCUUAGAGGAUGAAACAAGAAUAAAUGAAUCAGAAGAGGAAGAAAUCUUUUGGCAUAUAAAGAUUCUACCAAUUCUGCAUGAACUAGAAAAAGAAGACAAUAUAGAAAAUCUUUGUCUGGCUUGCACCAAGCUCUAUCAAGCAUUGAACGAAGGAAAUAUGCUUGGAAAAAGAUUUAAAAGAAGAAGUGUGCUUCUGAAGACAUUAUAUAAACUUGUAGACAUUGAUUCAGAUCCACUUUGCCUGAAGCUGGCAAAGAUUAUUCUGGCUAUGAAAGUGGAUGGAAAAAAUCUUCUCAGUGUUUGCAAGCUUGCAUUUAAAAUUUGCAGGAAUGAAAAAAAUGAUUACAUCAUUCAAAAUGAUAGAUUAUUGGAUUGUUUGUUGGAGGUCCUGAGAACUGAAGAUCUACAAAAAAGCAAUGAAGCUCUCCUGUAUUGCAUGGGAGCUAUAAAAUUCAUGUCUGGAAAUGCAGUACUCCUUAAUGAAAUGGUCAACAAAGGAGCUGUUGAAAUGUUGCUGCAAUUAAUGAAGCAGAUUAAUAAUAUAAAAGAAAAUGACACAUAUUUCUCCAACUUGGGCCACCUGUUAGUCCAGCUGACAGCUACUUUGCGAAACUUGGCUGACUUACCUCCGGCAAGACGCCAACUCAUUUGCAAUGGUGCAGUCUCUGAGCUCUGUGUGGCGCUAGAGCAGCGUAUGAAUGCUAAGGAUGUAUGCACCUAUAUUGUCAGGAUAUUCAGCAAACUUUCUUCCUACAAUGACUUCUGUGCAGCUUUGGCAGACUGCUCCAGAUGUUACAACUUAUUUUUAGCCCUACUAAACAAACACCAGAAGCAGCAGGAUUUGGUUAUCCGUAUCAUCUUCAUUCUUGGUAAUUUAACAGCAAAGAAUAACCAGGCCCGUGAGCAAUUCUUUAAAGAAAAAGGAAGUGUUAACACCUUGAUAUCAUUAUUCCAAACCUACCGUGAACUGGAUUUGAAUGCACAGAAAUGGUACCAUGAAAGAGGAGGGGAAGGAAAAAAACGCCCAAAGCAUCCUUCAGAAGCAGAAGAUGUUCUGAUAAAACUGAUAAGAGUGCUGGCCAAUCUCUCCAUUCAUCCCAGCGUAGGAGCAGCUCUGGCAGCUGCCCAUCGUGUUGUAGAAUUACUUGUUACAGUACUAGAAUACAAGUCAGUUGAUGACUCUGAGGAGUUGGUCAUCAGUGCUGCAACAGCAAUCAACAAUUUAUCCUACUACAAAGUGAAGAGUUCUGCUGUUCAAGACAAGAAGCUACACAUUGCUGAAAUACUUUUAAAGCUGUUAAUGAGCAACAAUAUGGAUGGAGUUGUGGAGGCUGUCAGAGUCUUUGGCAAUCUUUCCCAGUAUCAUGAGAUCUGUGACUUCAUCAUACAGAAAAAGAUAUACAAGUUCAUGAUUGCUUUACUUGAUGCCAAGAACCAAGAUGUCUGUUUUUCUGCCUGUGGAGUUCUGCUCAAUCUCACAGUAGAUAAGAACAAACGAGCUCUUCUGAUGGAAGAAGGAGGAAUUGGAAAGUUAGUUGACUGUUUACGAGACUUUGGGCCGGCUGACUGGCAGCUGGCUUGUUUGAUAUGCAAAACCCUGUGGAACUACAGUGAAAACAUCACAAGUGCGGCUUCGUACUUUGGAGAAGAUACCGACACGUUGCUGGUGCUGCUCACAUCACUCUUAGAUGAAGAGCUAGCGUUGGAUUACAGCCUCGACAGAGAUUUGAGGGACUACAACAAACUAUAUUGGGAAAGAGAGUUCAAACCUGUGGCAGAAAAACUUCUUGACAGAAUUCAAAGCCAUCACUCCUUUCUUCCAACUGUGACUAUUACUCCAUUUUAAUCAAUCUUUUUUUUUUUUUUCUUGUGGUGUAGAUCGUACAGCUUUAUGUAUCUAAUAUACCUGUACAUUGCCAUCGGUAAGCAUGUCAGAGAGCACGGGAAGUUAAUUUUAAAAAAGUCAGUAAAGCCUGGCAUUUAUAUACUGGAUACUAUCUUUCGAGAAGCAUGUAUGAAAUUUUUGCAUGUGUAAUUACUUUUUACAAUAUAUUUGAGCUGAUCAAGCACCUGUUGAGUGUGAUUUGUCUAUUAAUUGCGUAAUUUCUUGGCUGGGAAAAUGAAACAAAACUAUUUGCUGAACUUUUAAUUUUUAAAAGGUAAAUUACCACUGAUUACCUGGACCUCUGCGGUACCAAAAAUGCUGUGCACUGUAAAAGAAUGUUACAUGGCAGGAGGCGCAUCUUACCUACAGACUUUGACACGCUUCUACUUUAUAUGAAAUUCCACGACAGAGUAACCCAAAUGCUAUUGGGGCAUUCUGCUGUGUUCUAUCAUAAGCUUUGCUCUUCAGAUUGAGUGCUGUCAAUGGUCGGGGGAAAGGCGCUCCCCUUUCCUUUGGAGCCCCCCUUCUUUACCCGAUACUGUGUGGCUAGGGUAUCCCAGCUCCUGCCUUGGUGCUUGUGGGACGUAGGCCCAGCUGUGCUGGAAAGAGGCUUUUCUGAAUUGGGACUUCACACCUUAAGGCAAAACACCCAUAUCCCUGAUGGAAGAGAAGAUUUGAGCUAGGCUGGCGUGUUCUUCUUUCAGUUGUUCCCACGUCCCCAGGAGCCACCUGUGCGCCUGUACUUCUCAGACCAGCCGUCUCCCCUGGGCUCGUGUCUCCAUCCACGGGGCAAAAAAGGGCUCUACAUCCUUCACAUUCCUUCCGACUGCUGCUGGCUUGUUUAUUGCUCAGUUUUCAUCCUUUCAGUGUGCCGAAGUCCCUGCUUUUAGCCCAUGGAUUAGCUCAGCAGGUGCAUCACUGGCCUCAAGCGUUAACAGUCCAAUUAGCUACGGAAAGCUUUACAGACUUGACCCGUUUGUCUCUUUUCUGACCUCAGAUUACUAAGAAUAAACCGCUGUGCAGAGGCUGCCGGGCUCCCAGCUCCCAUCCUGAGGGUCAGCAGCCUCGCACUGUGCUGUGUGCGCCAGGAGAGCAAGUCUCCAGCCUGGCAAUCCC